AUGACGGACGAAUCCAAGCGUUUGCUCAAAGAACAUUGUAGUUCUUUUUCUCCUGUUAUCUUGGGUGUUAUUGAACCUAAGAAAGCUCUUCGUAAAAUUCGCCAAAAUUUCUGGACUUCAGUGAAUUUGGUCCCGAAUCUUUGUUUUCGAGUCGCCAUUAUUCAUGGGGCUAAUGAACAAACUCUUAGACGUGAUCUUUGGAGAGAUUUGCUUCACUUUACUUCUGGAAACACCGUUUUUAUUGGGGAUUUUAAUGCGGUGAAAGGUGCUAAUGAAAGAAUCAGCACUGCUUCUCUGGCCAGGAGCUCGUGUAUGGAGUUUUGUUCCUUUAUUGAUGAUACUUGCUUUAUCGAGUCCCCUACUGACGGGUUGCGUUUUACUUGGUCGGGACGUCGCUUUCUUCCUCGUCAUGUGGAAUCCAUUCUUGACAGAGCUCUGUUCUCUCAGAGUUUUGCUGAUCUUUGGGACUCGGUCACCACUUCGGUCCUUCCUCGUGUUACUUCUGACCACUCUCCUCUCGUUUUAAGAUGCAAUCGUUUUUGCUAUUCUGGCAAACGUCAGUUCCGUUUCUUGAACAUGUGGGUUCUUCAUCCUACGUUUCAGGAGAUGGUCCGUACUUCGUGGCAGAAUACCGUUAGCACUAGUUGCCCGAUUCUUCUUGUGAUGCUGAAGCUUAAGCGGCUUCGCUCUGUUAUUAAGAACUGGAAUAAGGAGAUCUUUGGGAACGUUGAUUUGAGGAUUGCGGAGUUUCAGCGACAGUUAGCUAUCACUCAGGGAAAGAUUUCGGAUACUGGUUAUACUGAUACUUUAUUUGAUGAGGAGAUGGGUUUACAGGCUGAGCUGAAUGUGGCGCUUACGCAGAAAAAUAAUCUCUUGCAGCAGAAAAGCAGGGCUAUCUGGUUGCAAGAUGGGGACAUAAAUACUUCUUUUUUCCACAGAUUGAAGAAGUUUAAAAAAUGGAAAACGUCGAUCACUCGGCUUCUUGUUAAUGGAGUGGACACUUAUGAUCAGCAUACCAUUGAGCAGCAUGUUGUUGGGCAUUUUUCAGCUCUGUUUUCUGAUGAUGGCAGCCCGCACGCUGAUCCUUUGGAGGUGGAGGCGCUCAUUGAGCAUUCUGUUUCUGAGGAUCAGAAUCAUACUUUAGUUUGUAUUCCUGAUGAAAGUGAGAUUGCGGCGGCGGUUUUUGGUAUGGAUUCCAACAGUGCUCCUGGACCGGAUGGCUUUUCGGGAAAGUUCUUUCAUAUUUGUUGGGAGAUCCUUAAGACGGAUGUGGUUAAGGCGGUUCAGACUUUCUUCUCUAGAUCCUAUCUUUCCACGGGUUGUAAUUCGAGCACUAUGAUCCUUAUUCCUAAAAAGGAGGUUGUUUCUUCUGUGUCUGACCUUCGUCCCAUUGUGCUUUCGAAUUUCUUAUUCAAAAUCAUUUCAAAGAUUCUGGCUUCGAGGCUUAGUGUGGUGGCUGCCACUCAUGUGGCUGCUAACCAAUUUGACUUUAUCAGUGGUCGGAAUAUUCAUGACUGCGUUAUGCUCAGCUCUGAGGGGUUCAACUGUAUGCAAAGGACAAAUCGGGGUUACAAUAUGGCCUAUAAAAUUGAUAUCAAAAAAGCCUUUGACACUAUUCAUUGGGAGUUCAUUGUGCAAGUUCUGAGGGCGAACGGAUAUCAUGAGACUUUUAUCAGGUGGAUUUAUAUCAUCUUUCAAUCUGCCAGGCUUUCGAUUUUGUUCAAUGGCAAGCUCAGUGGUUAUUUUGCUUGCUCUCGUGGCGUCAGGCAAGGGGAUCCUCUUUCGCCUAUUCUUUUCGGUAUUGCUGAAGAUGUUUUAAGCCGUCUCAUCAGCAGCUGUGUGGACUCUAGACAUCUCGUUCCUAUGGGAUUCAGUAGGACUGCCCACUUCCCUACGCAUCUGUUUUAUGCGGAUGAUAUCAUUCUUUUCUGCACUGCCACUGUUCGGAAUGCACGUAAGAUUCAGGAUAUUUUGACCUAUUAUGGCUCCAUCUUUGGGCAGAUUUGCAGCCAGGAAAAGUCGAACAUUUAUUUUGGCUCCAAAGUCCCCACUGAGAGAAGACGGGCUAUUCAGCGUGCCAUGGGAUUUACUAUUGGGAAUUUGCCGGUGAUCUAUUUGGGCGUUCCUAUUUUCAUAAGACGCCCCCGUGCCUCUUAUUUUAUGCCCAUCUUCGAUCGUAUUGUGCAGAAAUUUGCCAGGUGGAAAGGUCUUCAGCUCUCCAUUGCUGGUCGUCUUUGUCUUGUUUGCUCGGUGAUCCAGAGUUCGAUUGUGCAUUCAAUGAUGGUUUAUCGAUGGCCUAAAUCUCUGCUGCAUUCCUUGGAUAAGAAGUGCAGGAAUUUCGUUUGGACCGGAAACAUUGAUGAGCGGCCUAAAUGCUCGGUCAGUUGGGGGCGUGUGUGUGCGCCUAAGGAGGAGGGAGGGCUUGGAAUUAAAUCGAUUACAUUAAUGAAUCAAUCCUUCUUGAUGAAGUUGGCUUGGAAGAUGAUUAAAGGUGUUGAUUGGGCUCACAAGAUCAUGAGGUCUCGUUAUCUUACUCCGUUCGGAUAUGCCAAAGAACAAAUUGCUAAUUCUUCGAUUUGGAUUGGUGUCAAGCACGAGAUAAACAAUUUGGUGGAGGACUCUUAUAUUUGUGUUAACCGUGGAGAUAACACGUAUUUUUGGCGGGAUGACUGGCUCGGUUACAAACUUGUGGACAGGCUAUCUAUUCCUCAUUUUAUGCAUGAUUAUCUCCAGUUUUCGGUGCAGGAUUAUUACUAUGACGGUCUCUGGCACUUUUCUGCUUCUUUUGUCAACAAGUUCCCUGAUAUUGUGGCGGACAUCUUGCUUGUUCCUAUGGGAGAGGAACAAGACGCCAGGUUCUGGAAACACUCGCUUAAGGGAGAGGUCUCGGCGGCUCUUGCUUUUUCUAGCAAGUGCCACCAUUUUCCCAAAGUGAAAUGGGGAAAGUGGAUUUGGGAGAACUACAUUCCGGUCCGCCGUUCUAUAUUAUGCUGGCGUGUUCUUCAUGAGCGACUUCCUACUAUGGACAUUCUUAUUCGGCAAGGUUUGACGGCACCUAAUGGCUGUCCUAUUUGCUUCUUGGAGGCGGAGUCCAUUUCGCAUAUCAUGUGGAGUUGCUCCAAAAUUAGGCCUUUGUGGACUGCUUUGCUCUCUUGGUUCGGCAAAGAAGAUUUUCUGAAUUCGUUGGAUAUUCAUUCGUUUUUGGUUAUUGCUUGGAAUACUCACUUUAGUACGCAGGUUCUUACGAUCUGGAAACCUGCCAUUCUCACUCUCAUGUGGAAGAUUUGGGACGCCAGAAAUGCUGUGAUUUUCGAGGACCUCCAGUUUAGUAGCCAAUCUAUUCUUGCUUUUGUUAAAGCCUUCUUGAAAGAAUUAGAUGUCAAUUUCCAGAAGCUUGGUACGAUGGAUAAUACUUGGAGUGAUUACUUAAUCACUAGAGAGCUUGGGGUAAGAGGUCGGGUUGCACCUCCUCCUCGUAUGAUUGAGGUUCAUUGGUGGCCUCCUGUUGAUCAUUGGGUUAAAGUGAAUACGGAUGGCUCGGCUGAUGGGGCGCCUGGUAACAUUGCCGCGGGUGGGGUUUUUCGAGACAAUUGGGCUAGUGUUCGUGGUUGUUUUCAUAUCAAGGGAGGGACUGGCUAUGCUUUUGAGGCGGAGCUUCUGGCGGUCAUAACCGCUAUCAACAUUGCUCAUGAUCGUGGUUGGCAUUACUUGUGGGUUGAAGCGGAUUCGAUGUAUGUUGUCCACCUUCUGGAGUCGCGGUCCACGGAUGUGCCGUGGCGUUUUAUAGCUUCCUGGAUAAAUGUUCUGAAAAUCUUGAAUGAUUUUCGGCUGAUGGUUACUCAUAUUUACAGGGAGGGUAAUCAACCUGCGGAUAUUAUGGCAAAUGGCAAUAGGCAGGAGGGAUGGUGGCCAUUUGCCAUUGAUGAGAUCAAGCUUGCGGUUUCGCGUGAUAUGUCGUCUCAUAGUCAUGGAGCAGCUUUGGUCGUUGAUGUGCUCUCUCGCUGGUUUUUACCUAUGAUCUUUGUCUCUGUUUGGAAUAGCUUGUGUGAGGAUUCUGCGCUUCCUGGGGUUUCUGCUAUGCUCGAUAGGGUCUUGGCGGCUUUGGUGAACAGGUGGCUUGGAAAUCUUUUGGUUCGGGCUUUUGUCCGAGCUCUUGGUAGGCAUGUCGCUUGGGAGUGUGUGGGUGAUGAUGAUGACGCCGAGAGUUGGGUUCGGGCGCAGCAUGGGAUUUGUGGCUGUUCGGAUGUGAGCUGGAGUAGUUGGGGUUGGAGUGGCAGUGGAGCCUUUCCGUGUCCGGGUGAGCUCGGCUCGGGGGUGAAGCUGGUCGGACUCUUUUGGAUUUCGACUUCCUCUCUUGGAGUCGGGUUUUGGUGGGAUUCAGCCGAGGCCGUCAUUGAUGAGCUGAGUCUCGGAGUUUUAUCUCCUCCUUUGUUUUGCUUGCACGAUACGCAGGGUUUGUGUCGCUUGUCUUUGGUUCGCACUGUUUGGUUUCCGUGUUUGAUUUGUGUCUUUUGUUCGUUGUUUUUUUGUGUUGGGAAGCCGAGCAACUUAGAGGUGAUGGUUAGGCCGGAACCUUUGAAGUUGUCUCACCUCCGCUUCCUUUCACAUUUGUGCUUCAACGAGUACUCUUUUUCCCCUUUAAGGAUUUUCCCUCGCGGGUUUGCCUUAGAGGGGUUUUAA